GCAUUUUGGGAAAGGGCAGUUUCCGUUAGGUGCUGAAGGCUGAGGCGCGCGACGGACCCAUUCCCACGUGAAGCGCGAACACCCCUCAGCGGGGCGGCGGAGCGUCCCGGAAGCAGCGGGGAACCGGAAGUAGCCCGCGGAGGCGCUGCAGCUCGUCCCGGAGCCCGGCGUGAGGCGCCUGGAAGCGCGGCGACGGCGCCAUGUCCCUGAUCUGCUCCAUCUCCAAUGAAGUGCCAGAACACCCAUGUGUGUCCCCUGUCUCUAAUCAUGUCUAUGAGCGACGGCUCAUUGAGAAGUACAUUGCAGAGAAUGGUACAGACCCCAUCAACAACCAGCCUCUCUCUGAGGAGCAGCUCAUCGACAUCAAAGUUGCUCACCCAAUCCGGCCCAAGCCUCCCUCAGCCACGAGCAUCCCAGCCAUUCUGAAAGCCUUGCAGGAUGAGUGGGAUGCAGUCAUGCUGCAUAGCUUUACCCUGCGCCAGCAGCUGCAGACAACCCGUCAGGAGCUGUCCCACGCUCUGUACCAGCAUGAUGCCGCCUGCCGUGUCAUUGCCCGUCUCACCAAGGAAGUCACUGCUGCCCGAGAAGCUCUGGCUACCCUGAAACCACAGGCUGGUCUCAUUGUGCCCCAGGCUGUGCCAAGCUCACAGCCAAGUGUUGUGGGUGCAGGUGAGCCAAUGGAUUUGGGUGAGCUUGUGGGAAUGACUCCUGAGAUUAUCCAGAAGCUUCAAGACAAGGCCACUGUGCUGACCACGGAGCGUAAGAAGAGGGGGAAGACUGUGCCUGAGGAACUGGUGAAGCCAGAAGAGCUCAGCAAGUACCGACAGGUGGCAUCCCAUGUGGGGUUACACAGUGCCAGCAUUCCUGGUAUCCUUGCCCUGGACCUCUGCCCCUCCGACACCAAUAAGAUCCUCACUGGUGGGGCGGAUAAAAAUGUCGUCGUAUUUGACAAGAGUUCUGAGCAAAUCCUGGCCACUCUCAAAGGCCAUACCAAGAAGGUCACCAGUGUGGUAUUUCACCCUUCCCAGGACCUGGUGUUUUCUGCCUCUCCAGAUGCCACUAUCAGGAUUUGGUCUGUCCCGAACGCCUCUUGUGUACAGGUUGUUCGGGCCCAUGAGAGUGCUGUAACAGGCCUCAGCCUCCACGCCACUGGUGACUAUCUCCUGAGCUCCUCUGAUGACCAGUACUGGGCCUUCUCUGACAUCCAGACAGGGCGUGUGCUCACCAAGGUGACAGAUGAGACCUCUGGCUGCUCUCUCACCUGUGCACAGUUCCACCCCGAUGGGCUCAUUUUUGGAACAGGAACCAUGGACUCUCAGAUUAAGAUCUGGGACUUGAAGGAACGUACCAAUGUGGCCAACUUCCCUGGCCACUCAGGCCCCAUCACCAGCAUCGCCUUCUCCGAGAAUGGUUAUUACCUGGCUACAGCAGCUGACGACUCCUCGGUCAAGCUCUGGGAUCUACGCAAGCUUAAAAACUUUAAGACAUUGCAGCUAGAUAACAACUUUGAGGUGAAGUCACUGAUCUUUGACCAGAGUGGUACUUACCUGGCCCUUGGGGGCACAGAUGUCCAGAUUUAUAUCUGCAAACAGUGGACAGAGAUUCUUCACUUUACAGAGCAUAGUGGCCUGACUACAGGGGUGGCCUUUGGCCACCAUGCCAAGUUCAUCGCUUCAACAGGCAUGGACAGGAGCCUCAAGUUCUACAGCCUGUAGGCCCUUUCCCUUCUGAUGGAAGCUGGGCCUGAUCUCAGUAGUGGGGUAGAGUUAGGCAGGGGGCGGGAGGGAAGCUACUGGGGGGAGGGGGGUGUUUAUGGGGUGGGACAUUCACAUCAUUUCACUCUGGCCUGGUUGUGGCCUGAGAGCCAUGGCUGCUUGGACCAACCUCACCCAUGCAGGCUCCAGGCCCCAUGGGAACAGACAUGGAAAGAAGCAAGAACUGUCACCCUGUGAAGGCUCCGGGUCAGAGCCCAGGGUUUCUCCUUUCGUGUUAUUCAUGGAGGCGAUGGUGGCGACUGUUCUCUACCCACUUUGUUUCAGUUUCUGUGAGAUGGGAGAAGCCGAGCCAAGGGAACUGUGAAGGGAAUGGGCAGGUGGGCUCGUGCAGGUUUUUGUAAGCAGUGAUCUAGUUUCAUUAAAAAAAGAAAAUGAUAAACAUUAAA